GACCAAAAGGGCCUGUGCAGACAAUUCUCGAGUCUUUUUCACCGCUUGAGAUGAGCAUAUCACUCACGUGCAUCGAAAGCAAUGCAGGCAGUUGUCCCGACACCCCAGCAAAACACGAGACACACACGGCCUGCCUGGUGCACUCUCGACACUCACCACCUCCCCUCCCGAGUAGCUCUCAUACACAUCCACCUCACUGACCUCAGUGCUCUCAGCAGCACCACUAAAGAACGAAGGCAGAAAAACGUGCCAGGCCGACCGGCAUCCCACCACAUCAAACACCCCCACCCAUCCCCCCUCCGCGCAAGCAACCACCCCCAAACGCCCCCCUUCGCCGAGAGUGACGGCCUUCACGUUGUGGCUGAGCAGACGGCCGCCCUGCAGGCGCCCACACGGCCCCACAGCACCGCUGCCGACGUCGACGCGGUGGAGGGAGCCGUCCCGUGCACAGAUUAUGGCGGCAGAUCUGCCGUCACUACUGAGCAGUGGACUCACAGGCGACGCGAAGAUGGCAGGCAGAAUGGCUGUUGACUCGUCCGUUGAGGGUGGCAGAGGGACGGUGGUUCGCCACAUAAGCUCGCCAUCGGCUUCAGCCACACCGUAGACCGAGCCGCCACCCGUGCAUACCACCAGCAGGAGCCCUCCACUUGCCGACCGACACAAAAGGGGCCGCGCAAAGCACGGGCCAUCCAGCUGUCGGGCCCAUCGCUGCGCCAUCCGUACUUGCUGCCGCCCUUCGUCACUGGUCGAUAGCAGAUCGAUGCGCGCCACCCAGCCGCCCAGCGUCGCCACAUACAUGCGCUUCGUCUCUUGGUCGACCUCAGGGGCGUCCGAAAACCCACCCAAAGGCACAGCCGCUGAGGACUUUCCCUCUGUGUUGCGUUUCCGCCUUUUUGCCGGCUGCCCGCUGCCUUCAUCAGACUGCUGCACCAAACCAGACGGCUGGAAUCGAUGUAGCAAUGCGCCUGCGUCUGCGUCGAUCAGCUCGAGAGCGCCGUCGUAUGUCGCCGCGACAAUGGUGCCGUCAAGAAUGCGCGGCGAGGCCUUGAUAUGGCCGGCCAGCUGAGUGACCCACCAGAGCUCGCCAGUGAGGCCAUCCAGACAGACGACGGAGCCGUCAUACGUUGAGACGAGCAGGCCGAGUCGAGAUGGCGACCGAGGUGCGUCGGUAAGGGUGAAGGCGAGCGGCUGCGAGACGAUGCGGCCCGACAGGCGGCGUGUCCAGAUGGCCUCUCCGGAGCUGCAACUGAUGGCCGCCAGGACGCCACUGUGGCUGCCGGCAUACACUGCCCACCCACACCCGAACAGCCGGUCCAUUGAGGGUGUCUGAUAGACUCCUGCUGCUGACAGCUGCGAUGCCGUCACGACCGCACAGGGAGCAUCCACACAGCUCUCCAAGUACACACUCCACUCCAGCUUUGCCGUCGCGCCGCUCUCCACAUUCAUAUGCACGGGAAGCCGCCCAUUCUGGUCGCCGACGGGCCUCGCAUAAGCACCACUGCGCUGAGCUGUGUCUGUGUCUGUGUUGUGAUGCGCCAGUUGUUGUUGCCUCGGCAACAGAAGUCGCUCUGCGAUGGUGCGGGGUGUGAGGGGUUGUGGUGGAUGUGGCUGUGGUUGUGGCGCGGCUGGGAGAUAGAGGGCCAGCAAGUCGGCGAUCGACACCUGUGGGCCAUCCUGGCGGUCUGACAGGCAUCGAUUCAGGCUGAAGGCCAAGUUGGCAAGCUGAGAAAACUCGGAUAACGAACAUAGAGACGCGUUGGGUGGCCGCUCUUCUCUUCUUUUCUUACCGUGAGGGAGUCCCACCCCCAUUCUCGGAGGUCGUCAUCAGGUCGGAUGGCGGCCCCUCCGGUGACACCACGGCAGACGGCCAGCACAACCUCCACAAAGUCAUCCGAUGAUGGUGGUGUUGUCGCAGAGGGGAUUCCCUGCACAUCAGCGGUCGUCUGUCGCUUCACGCACACAUCCGCCAGCCCUUCCAUCGACACCUGAACAGAACAAAAAGGCGGCUCCACCGUGUGUGUUCGUGUCGGUUCCCCUGACUGUCCUACCUUCAUGUUGCGCGCGUUUCGCGGCAAUGACUCUACGAGAACCACAUCAAUCACCCCGCCGCCACCGCUGCUGGCCGCCCUCCUAAUUAACUGCAUCACAGCGUCACGCUGGUUGUCGGAAAGCUCCCCAGGAGGCGGUAGGGUGGCCACAAAGGCUACAAGGCUGCUGUCAGACGGUUUGCUUCGUAUGGUGGAUUGCUGGAGGUCCGACAUGGUGCAGACUCUCGCUUCGGUGAUGGACACGUCGGCAGCGGUCUGAAGCGAGAGGAUCUGCCGCUCGGUGGCGUCCAGCGAGACAAAGACGCCGCCAAUCUUGAUGCUGCGGUCGACUCUGCCCUGAAGCGAGCACACUCAUUCUUGUGGCCGAGUUCAAGGGUCCGAAUGUGUGUGUGUAAGGUCACCUUGAAGUGAAAGCAUCCGUCAGAGUCCCUCUCCACAACAUCACCCGUACACAGCACCCUUCUCGUCUCGCCGUCGCCCACCUUGGCCGUCACAAAUGCCUCUCGUGUCUCAUCACUGCAUCCACCGAUCGGCCCCCAGUAGCCCACCGCCAGCAACGGUCCGCCCGCGACCAGCUCGCCUUCGCGCGUCACAUCAGCUGAGACCUCCACACCAGCCGCAGACCGUUGCUCCACCUCAGGCGGACCAUUGACCCACCCACACGCUGCCUGCCGUCUCGCGUCGGUGCCCCUGGCGGGCAGACAACCCUCUGAUGCGACGAAUGUCAGGCAAUCGGAUGUGAGUGGCCAACCGAGGGGGACGGGUGUGGCGGGGUGUGGGGGCGCUAAAGGAUGUUCGGGGAAGGGCAGUGGGAAGCAGAGGAUGUCGCCAGUCGUCUCGGUAAGGCCGUACAGAUUGAAGAGAGCCACAGUCGGGAGGCGCUCCCACAGCCCUCUGCAUACAGACGCAACAGCGCACCAAUGAUGAGCGGAAAAGGGCCGUGUCGUGCUUUGGUCAGGUGGCUCACAUGGCAGUGCCCCACACCAGUGGUUCCCCCGAGAAGACCACCAGACGCAGCGUCGCUGCCACCCGCGGCCACACAACGUCCUCCUCAUCGACCAUCCGCAGCGCCAUCGACACCAACGUCGGCACCACAGUCAGGUGCGUCACCUGACAAUACCAGACACAAUACACAAUACAUACAUACAAGACACAUACGUGCUCUUCCCACCCCUCCCUGCCUCCUCUCACCUUUGCGUCCGCCAGCCACUGCCAGAAGGCGCCCACGUCGACGGUGUGCAAGCCACUAGGAGCGAUGGCCACGCACCCACCAGCCAGCAGUGGCGUCAGGAUCUCUGCCACGUGGUCGACAAACCCCACUGGAGUGCGCUGUGCGUACACAGAGGCACUGUCCACCAUGAGCCGAUCCAUGCCCCACCGGGCGCGCAUGAGAAGCGCCGAACGUGACAGCACGACCAGCUUCGGAUCACCGGUGCUCCCGGAUGUGCAGAGAAGGACCGCCGACUCGUCUGUCCGCUCCUGUCUGCCGUCUUGCAGUGACGCUUGUUGACGUGCAUGUGAAUGUGCGCCGAGGAGUGUGUCGAUGGACAGCAGUGAGGGAGAGGGGGCGAGGGAUGAGACCCUCCGCUGCCACAGGGGAAUGUGGGCCGACGUGGUGAUGACCAGGCGCAGCUGCUGGUGCAGAGACUGGAGCAGUGAGCUGACGGCCGAGGGGGGAAGCGAUGGGUCGAUGGGACACACCAGCAACUCAUCUGAAUGAACAAGACAACAAGGCACAGGUGUGCAGGCGGCGUGGCACAUGCAUUCACGUGUGUGCUGCUCUGUGCUAUAAUCUGACCCGUCAUGAGUGCCGCCAUCAGAGCCACCACAUAGGUCACGCUCCGCGGCAUGGCCAACAGCACAACAGGCUUCACGUGGCUCCCCACAUCCCCUCCUCCUUCGCUGAGCCUGAGCAGCUCCACCUUCAU